UUUAAUCGGGUAUUUCCUAAAAUGGUUAAGUUAUCUGUUAGACGUUGUUGUGGAUUUUGCUGUUUAGUUUUAGUGUUUUGUUGUUUAAUGGUCUUCACCCUACCUGGUUUUUGUCCAGAAAAUCCUAAAAAUGGAUACUGGUUUUAUGAGAAAGAGAGGGGUCGAUGUAUUUUGAAAUGUGAGAAAGGAUACGAACCCUCAAACUGUCACGUUCUACGGUUUGUGAAGGGGAGAUGGAACCAUGAAAUUCCUCACUGUAAAAAAGCUACCUGGCUUUCGGCGAAAACCGUUCUGGCGGCAGGAGUCGGGUCGGCGGCGGCAGUGGUGGGAGUGCCUGUAGCGCUGACGGCAGCAGGGUUUACUUCCGCCGGAGUAGCUGCCGGGUCAUUGGCUGCCUGGCUUCAGACUCCAUUUACGGCCGCCGGUAGCUGGUUCGCUACGUCACAGAGUGCGGGUGUACUGGGUGCGGCCGCCUCUACUAAGCUAGGAGUGGGCACAUUAACGGGGCUGGCUACACGCCUACUUUCUUCAAAAUUCUCAAACUGUGAACAGGAGUAAUAUCCGAUUAAAACCGCUGUUUACUGCUUAAACAUUGGAUUUUUUUACGGAACAGUGUCAAAUAUUAUUGAGUGGUACAUGUAAAUAUGUUUAACAUUGAAGAUAAAGCAUUUUUAAUUAUUUAUUUCGAUCAUUCUUAAAAUACAUGUGCAAUAAAGACUGUGUGAUAUUGUCACCUAAAAGUUAAAUAAAAAUUAUGGUUAUGCCUGGUAUGCAAUAGGAA